AUGUCAGAAACCCUCAUGCCGAAUGUUGAGCAGCUGAGGAAGCUACAGGAUAAUGAAAUCUCAAGCUUCAAAGAUGUUCAUAUUCCGGGAGAUCCUUCGGACUCAUGUUAUGAUGUCAACUGUUUGACGGGGCCUAUUCGCUCAAUUACAUGUGCAGACAACUCUACAUCAGACUCCGCGAAGCAAAAGGACUAUCGCCUUAUAGUUCCUGGCUUGUGCCACCCUCACAUCCAUCUUGACAAAUGCUUCUUGUUAUCACAUCCAAAAUAUGCAGAUCUAGAAAUCAACGACGGUGAUUUUUCCGAGGCAAUGAAAUUAACUAGUGAAGCCAAGUCACGUUUCGAACAUGAUGACCUUAUGGAAAGGGGGAGGGCUUUGAUUGAGGAGAGCAUUCGAUUCGGUGUCACUCAUAUGCGAGCUUUUGUUGAAGUAGACUUUGGUGUGGGGAUGAAAUGCUUGGAUGCUGGAUUGGCAUUGAAAACGGAAUUUCAUGGCAAGUGUCAUAUUCAGAUAUGCGUAUUUGCCCAGGACCCAAUCUUCAGUCACGACCAUGGACCUCGAUCAAUGUCAGAUUUGCUCGAGCAAGCAAUCAAACGACCCGGGGUCGAGGUGAUUGGAAGUACCCCAUACGUCGAGAACAGUUUUGCCCUCCAAGAAAAAAACAUUCAAUGGACCAUCGAAACGGCGAAAUUACACACAUUACAUUUGGAUUUUCACCUCGACUACAAUCUAGAUUUAAACCAAAAGCCUGCCGUUCAUACGGUAAUUGAACAACUCCGUAAGGCCCAGUGGCUUACCGACAGAAAUAUCGCAGGCUCGAAAUUUCGAACUGUUGUGCUUGGUCAUUGCACUAGACUCACACUAUUUGAUGAGAAUGCCUGGCGGAAUCUUCGCCUUGAGAUUGGUGAUCUACCUAUCUCGUUUGUCGGAUUACCUACAUCGGAUUUAUUCAUGAUGGGUCGGCCUGCAAAGGGCGCCGGUGGGAGUAGCAGAGCAAGGGGCACACUCCAAGUGAUUGAGAUGAUAAGGAAAUACGAUCUCAACGCAGUCAUAGGAAUUAAUAACGUCGGCAAUGCCUUCACCCCCUACGGUAGUUGUGACCCCAUGAGUCUCACAAGUCUGGGUAUGGGAAUUUAUCAAACAGGCACGAAAGCAGAUGCAGAGAUAUUAUUGGAAUGCGUAUCUACAAGAGCAAGAGCAGCGAUAGGUCUUGAUAUCACGCGCAGCCUCAAGUUGGAGGUUGGAGCUCCUGCGAAUUUUGUUAUUUUCGGUACGAACGGACCCCGGGAUUUCAGAGCAAGAAAGUCAAUACAGGAGUUGGUGUAUGAUGCAGGUGUUGAACGAACAACUGUCUUUGAAGGAAAGGAGGUCAGUUCUACAUGA